AUGUCGUACGAAGGUAUUAAACUGCGUACGGCUCGAUCAAUCUCAAUGAUGGGCCUAGAUGGAACAGGACAGAUAGUUACAGUUUUAGAUAACGGAGUAAACUUUGAUCAUUCCUUCUUUUCAGAUUCGUCCGUUGAAAUCACAGGCCCCGGUACAUAUCCAACACACAGGAAAAUCAUUAAAUACGAGAACUGGACAGAAACCCCUGUAGAUCUGAAUCAUACUCACGGAACAUUCGUUUCUGGUCUAAUUGCGGGCCGAUCGGAAGAUCCAUUAGCCAUGAAUUCAUUAUACGAAGGUGCCGCCUACAACGCUAAGCUCCAUAUCAUAGAAGUUGACGAUUCAAAUUAUUCAUGGGUUGAUUUCAACAAAGUUGUCGAAUCUAUGGAUGAUAUUGGCUCCAAAAUAUCCUCAAACAACUGGCAUUACGGCGAGCGAUCCAUUAUUAAGACCCAGUUAAUGGAUGAAGUUGCUUUUAAGAACAAAGACAAAAUUUUCAUUUUUCCAACAGGAAACCAACCAAGCGACGGAGUUUACAAUGUUUACAGUCCUUCUGACUCCAAGAACGUCCUUACAAUACAAGGUAUCAGUAGAACUAUCGCCAGACUUGCAGAAGAAGACACAGGACCAUAUGAAUUUAGUAAUGAAUCAUUUUCAUUCCAAGUAGACAAAUUUUCAAAUGAAACAACUUUCUUCCAGAAGAAAUCCCAAUUGAUUGACUACAGAGACUUGGAAGUAUCAACAGAAGAUAAAGAGAAUGUUAUAUUUUACACUGAAACAUGUCUUACAGAGAAGGCAAAAGCAAAAGUUGUUGUUUAUAGAUCAGAUUUAUCCGAAAACUGCUCAAAAACUGGUCAAAACUUUAUCGUGACGAUAGGAAAUGAUAUGGUCACUUCACUUUUGACAGGUAACAGAUUUACUGUUCGAUAUCCAAUUAGUUAUAACUGGGGACUCCAACAAUAUGAUGUAUUGAGAGGUCCUGGAUACAACGGUAUUUCUAAACCAGAUUUGACAUGUUUCGGUUAUGAUUCAAGAAGUGCAAAUGCUAAUUCACAAAAAGGUGACACUUCUUAUGAUUCUCUUAUCCAACUUCCAGGUGUUUCUGCCAGUUCCAGCAUUGGUAGUGGAUUGGCAGCCAUGGCCAGACAGUUUUUCACCAGUGGAAAGUACCCAGGAAUCACAGAUCCAAGUGGAACAUUGAUGAGGGCCAUGUUGAUAAAUGGCGGAAGAGUUUACGGAAACGGUUUCGAUCCUAGUUUUGGACAUGGCAUAUUGAUAUUGGGAGAAGCAUUAGGAUAUGGAGAUUCAAAUGAUUCUGGUAAAAAAGAUGGAACAAGAUUCAUCGACAAAAGAAAAGUUCUUCCUAAUCAACACAUCACUUACAACAUCACAACAAAAUAUCCGAAAACGUUUAGAGCAACAAUCGCUUAUUCUGAUCCACCUCGUGACCUUGCAAAUUCAGCUCUUUUAACUGCUGAUUUGAAUUUGUAUGUGCAAUUAGAAGAUGGAUCAAUUAUUCCAGGAAAUGGCUUGAGUUCUGGAUCACAACAAGCAACAACUGAAAAAGUUUUCGUUGGAAAUAUUUCUGCACAAACUUUACAAGUUCACGUUUUUUCAAAUGAUUUCUUAACAGAAGAAGAUGAAGAAAUUGAAUACUCUUUGGCGGUUGCCGGCGGUUUUGAACUUGAAGACCAAGAAGUUGAAUUAAAAGAAGUAGAAAGUCAGUGUAUAAAUAACUGUUCAAGCAGAGGUGUCUGUGAAACAGGUGGUGUUUGUAAAUGCCAUCCAAAUUAUACAGGAGAUUAUUGUCAAGUAGAAGUUCCUUCAUUUACUGAAGGUGCUCAAUAUCCUGUUGAAAGUCGAAGGAUGUUUUGGACAAGAUUUGAAGUCCCUCCUCAUAAUGAUUUCAUUUUUAAGUUGCAAAGAUUACCUGAUAAUUUAUAUUGUUAUUUAACUGAUGAAUCUCCAAUGAAUUACCAGAAAUCAUUUAGAAAAAUCUAUUCAUCGUAUAAUGGUAAUUUAAAUGAUAUCGUGACAACAGAUAGGAUAAAAGUACAGUCAAAUAAUGUAACAACAAUGUACGUUGGCUGUUCAACACUUAGACCUGGUGAAUUUAAUGGUUUAGAAUAUCAAUAUUUUCAUAAAUAUAAAGUUCUUCAAUUCGUAGAAUUUAUAUAUGUCCCGACACCAAAUCCAACACCAAACAUGACUCCAACACCUCAACCAACUACUCCUGUAAUGACUGCUCAUUUAACUCCUUACCAAACAGCAGAAACAACUCCUGAUUUAACACCAUUUUCAACAGUUCAUGAAACAAUUGUUCAAACACAAAAAGAAACUGCUUUUGAAACCCCUUAUUUAUCUCCAUUUAUGACAGUUGAUUCAACACCAUUUGGUACUCCUUACUAUACGUUUUUCCAGACAAUUGAUAAGACAACGCCACCAAAUACUCCGUCAAUGACAACUCCUCUUCCUUCGAAUUCUCCUGCGAGAACAAUUUACAUCGGAGCAGGAGGAAAAACAGAUUCUGUUGAUUCUUCUAGAUCUGGAUCAACUAAGAAGAAAACUGGUGUUUAUAUAGGUGUUGUCUUUGGUGUUUUGGCUGUAAUUGUAUUGGCUGUUUUAUUGGUUGUUUGGUACUUCAAAUGGAGAGAUCGGAGCAGCAGCGAUGACUCUAAUAUUGUUGAAAAAGUUGAAGAAACAAAUGUUGAUCCAAAGAAUUCUUACAUGAGUACUAUUAAUUUCACGUAUAAUAAUAACCAGAGUGAUGAAGAUGAUGAGUUCUUCCUCGGAAAUAGCGAAGAAGAUGGAGCUGAGGGAGAUAUCAAAAAUAUGGCUUGGUUUGUUGAUAAUUAA